AUGUGCAUGGCAAGAAAACGCUAAAUUGAAUGGUUGUUGUCUCGUGAACAACAUCCAUUCAAAACGUGGGCUAUUGCAGAUCCAGUCCCACAUUCAACCCUCCGAUCUGUUUUGGCGGAAUUAUGAAAAGAAUGGAGGAUAGUUCCAAAUGCACCACUAUAUUCUUGUCGCAGGAGUUGCGACAGGCCAGCGAGAAUGCGUUGGCAACCGAUGAUCUGGACACGUCUUUUGAUCAGCCAGAAACCACAGCUCCAUCUUUGCUCCGACAACAGUCGCAUCACUGGAGUUUAGGAAUUCGCCGCUCAUUGGCUUCCACAGACCUCCUAAAUAAUCCCCGCACGGCGCACUCUGCUGUGUCUCUAGAUAGCCAGGAGGGGAGGCUCCCGGUACACUCAGACUCCAGGGAUGAACUGAGCAAGAUGGAGUUCCACCCCACCAGCGACACCCAGCUCAACCCCAAGGGCAGCUGCCACAGCAGUCGCCCCUCCCUGGAGGACAUGGUGCCUGCCAGCGGGGAGGGGAAGUGCAGCACCGCCAAGAUGGGUGAAGUGGCGGAGAGCGUGAGCUUUGAGGAUGCCAGGGACGGCAGCGCGAAGGCAGGACCGGAGGACGAAGUUUCCGAGUUCUUCUUGUCCAUCAAUGAAGAGGACGAGGCAGAGGAAGGGAGGCUCAUAGUGGCCAACAGGCCUAAAGGGAAAAACAGACAUGAUGUCGCAUGGGGCUCCACGGAAAGCUCCAGCAAAUACUUGCAGGAAUUCCAUAGUUUGCCUAAGAGACUCAUUCCUUCAGAAAUAGCCCACUGCCUGUACGACCUGGAGGAGGAGUGCAGAGGAGUGGAGCGAGAGAGCCGCAGUGUGAAGUGGAAGAUGGAGCUGAUUCAUCGCAGUGUGCAGGCCCUGCAGGAGACCCUGAGGACCCUGCUUACCCACCUGGUUGAGGCUCAGACCAGCGACACCUCCGAUCUCAAGACCCCCACGCCACCCACAGCCCCGUCCUCGUCCGUGACCCCGGCCCCUGUCUCGGCUCCGCCCCCCUCCGAGCCCGACUCGGACGUUUCGGAGGACAGACAGAUGAGCGAUGCCUACUGUACCCACCAGCACUGCCCUGGGCACCGCGGCCUGGCAAGGUGCCCGUCCGAGACCUGCCUGCCCGAGUCCUACCAGAACAAAAACUGCUGCGCGCGGUUGACCGACAGCAUCGACGAAGCCCUGCCCAGCUGUGCCCAGCGGAAGAAGGAGAGAGCAGCCGCUUUCCAUGCCAUCAAGGAGCUCAGGACCGAGGUGGAGCGCCUGCGGUUGACCCACGAGGAGGAGCAUCGGGAGCACCAGGAAAUCCUGGGAGUCGUGCAAGACUUCCAGAACACCAUGGAAGCCCUGCUGGGCCAGUGGAACGAGGAGAGGGAGGAGCUUAAGGGCCAUGGCUCCAUCUCCUCCCAGAUAGAACUGCUCCGCCAGCAGGCCACAAACGUCACCAAGCUAACCCAGCAGGCUGUGGCAGUGUUCUGUAAGGUGGGCGUCCAGCUGGAGGGACUGGGAGCUGUUGGGACGCUGGUUCGAACCGCCUCUACCCAGCUGACUGCUAAUAGUGGCAGUCCCCAGCAGUGCCAGACUUGUAGUUCCAAGGUAGCGGACUCCAACGAGAAGAGAGAAUCAGAAACCUAAUCUUGCCGUGACUGAACCUCCAGCAAUAAAAACAUUUUCCGGAUACCACAAACAUUCACCUCUGUAUCAGAUCCAAGACCAUCGUUUUUGUGUCUAGCACACCUUGAUUGACGCACUGAUAUCCAUGGCUAUGGCAUAUAACUGCAACACUAUCAUCAGAAAGAGGUGAUACAUUUUGUUUACACCCAUUUUUGCACAGUAGGAAGU